AUGUCUCGAUCUCAAGUUAUGGCUCGAACUUCAUUCUCAGCGGGUUUCAGGGAGGAGGAGAUGAAGAUGAGCUCACAUCUCCUUUUCAAAUCACUUCCUGACCUCGAUCUUCUACCAUCCUACUCUACAGGCCUCUGCGACUUCCCCGCACCAAAAAUAUCGCCACCCGCACAUCUUGUUCUCAAGUUAUGGCCUAACUUCUUUCUGGGUGGCUUACAGGGAGCAGGAUUGCGGCUAUGGCCUUAUAUUUGUUCUGGGUGGCUUACAGGGCCGAGGAUUAAAGAUUCUCUGACCUCGAUCAUUCUAUAUCUUAAUUGGUACUGGGAGGUCACGGAGAAUCGCACUAUUAAACUUUCUCGCGAGCCGCAACUCAUGGACCUCUUGCAAAAUUGCACCUCCUUCCUUCUCCAAAUUGCCACCCCACAAUUAUCAACCAUCGAGAUCGGCACACCCCGCACAGCUGCUACCCCAGAAGAAAUCACCGCGUUCAUCGAAUCCCUAUCCACGUCUUGCCAAACAUUUGGAUCCCUGGAAAAGAUCUCUGUGGUCGAUUAUUCGCCUGGCCAGUGGUGGGAACAUGAGUCUCAAAGCGAACUCUAUUCCCGUAUUUUCCGGCCUUUGCUCCAGUUUCGAAGGCUAUCGACUGUCGAGUUUGUUGACAUUGGGAAAUUCCGCCUUAACGACUCGUUUAUCGAGGAUGCUCACCUUGUGCCAAAAGUUCCCUUUUCCCACACCUUCUUGACUUCUUUCUGGCCUGCCCUCCAUUCACCACGACCUCCGGGCACCUCGACACAUUCUGGACUUGUCAAGUCGCACAAAAAGAUGACCCCGCGCGAAAAUCGCGCCGCCCGCAUGUCUCCUUCCCAAGUUAUGGUCCGAACUUUGAGCUUGGCUGCCUUACUGGGAGGAGAAGGCACAGUACCCUGCGAUGUCCCCGCGCCAAAAUCUCGCUGCCCGCGCGUUUUGUUCUCAACUUAUGGGCCGACCUUUGUUCUUGUUGGCAAACCAGGAGGAGGGCAGGGAGGAGGUGACUUGGGUGACUUCAUAUCUUUUCCCCUGGCAUCUAGCUGCUGCAAACUGACCAUUUUUAUACCUAGGGACUACCUACAUGAAGAAUUUCGGUCCCCUUCGAUUGUCUACAGCCCCACGGUACUUGCUUUGCCCCCUCCGCCUCUUGACUCUCGCGCACCCGUGUGGACUCGCUCCCAAUUGUUUCCGGCCCUCGUUCACGCCAAUACAUCGACCUCUCGCAUUGGGGACUGCUUCUGCAUGGGUCCGAAGGUGUUUUUCCAAGUAGGGUACUUAGGAUCAGUGCAUAUGACUCGCAUUCACCAACCCGUCGACGAUUCCGCCCUUGCCUUCGACGAUAUCAAAGACGUAUCACAAAUUUUUAUUUCCGACAAAGCGGGGAAGAAUCACAAUGUACGAGAAUCGAACCGCAUCACGCGCACGCAUGAUACGAUCCAGUGCCUAUCAGAUCUUCCCUAUAUCGCUCUCCUUCUCGACGUCAAUGUAGUCCUGGACCUGCAGCUUAACGUCACAUUUCCGAAGACGCACCCAGCCAAGAGGGUGGAAUUCUACUCGGGCGAUUGA